AUGCGUUCUUCCACUUCGAGUCCGCGACCCAUGGAGGAUGUGAGUGAGACGAUGGCGAGAAUAGAGAAAGAAUGUGGGGAGUCCCCACCGGUGCGUGUAGUGUUGCGCUCUUCCUCUAUCAACAGUGAUGCUACUACUAUGCAUGCAGCUGCAGGGAGUAGAAACUGCACACUCUCACAUGAAUUGGGCUCCGCCGGUUCCUCACCGCCGCUGCCAAUUCUUGAAGAGACUUCUGUGAGUGUGCCGAAUGCGAUGUCGCUUCCUAUUCUCGACACCGGCGCUGUCAGACGUGGUGUGAGUGAUAGUGCGGAGUUAAACUCCGCCGAUACAGCAGAUCGUAGUACGACGACGAACAGCAGUCAAUCUCCAGCCGCCGUUAAUCCAUCACGAUCUAUGAAUCCAGCCUUUUCACUUAGUCCUCGAACGGCGAGUAGUAGUGGUUAUCUACGGGCUUCUUCCAAUAUGCCGAAUGUGAUCCUUCGUAUAGAUAAGGAAGGUUCCACCUUAUCGUAUAGUUAUGCUGUUGGUACUGUGGAAGGUCGUCGUAAUUUUGUAAUAGAAUGUCUGGAACUUGCAGAACAUAUGAAUACACAAAUAAUUGUAGAAGAACUCGUUCCUGUGAUGUUAAUAGUUGCUAACUAUGAUGAUGCGGCUUGUGCGAUUGCUCGUGUAUUACCAGAUGUAUUAAAGCACGUACAAGGAUUAGAUGAAAAUAUAUUUGUUUUCUUUAUGGGACUUAUUAUGAAUAUGUGCUGUUCUGCCAAUCAUGAAGUGGUACGACAAAUAUCAUCAUCUCUAGAAAAAAUAAUAUCAUUUGUAGAUAAGACUAUUAUUGAAGUUUUACUAUUCCCUUUGGUAAAUUGUAUGCGUCUUUCAUUCUGGAGUUCACCAAGAGCCGUAGCGGCGGCUCUUUUAGGAAUUCUCGCCUCUCGCCCUGUUCUUGUAAAGGCAAGUGAAAUGCCUAUAAAAGAAUGGUUUAAUGCCUUUAUUGAUCUUGCCAGAGAUAAAUCACAGUUUGUACGGGAAGUGGCUGUAAGUUCCUUAUAUCAAUGGGUUGUGGUAGCGGAGGUUCACCGUGUGCAAUUGGCGGAAAUGCCACUUCCACUCGUUCAUGAAUGUAUGAUGGAUGGACAAAGUGAUACCGUACGCUAUACACAUGUGGCUGCGCUUAUUCGACUGGCAGAGGCUAUUGGAAAAGAGGCGACCACAAAAUAUUUACGUGUUUCUUUCACUGCAGCUAGUAAAGAUAAGAGUUGGCGUGUACGAUAUAUAGCGGCAAAGAAUUUGGGAGCUUUUGCGCGUCUUUGUAUACGACCAGAUGAUUUAUUAAGUGUGUUUGCCGCACUUUGUUUAGAUGAUAUGAAAGAAACACGGGCUGUGGCGAUUGAACAACUUCGAAUAUUUGCAGAUAAUUUAGUUUCUCAGGAAGUAUUAGGAGAGAUGUGUGUUAUUGUGGCUUCUUUGGCUACAGAUGAGGAAUCGGUAGUGCGUGAAAGUGUCUCUAAUCUUCUUCAUAUACUCCUUUUACCAAAUAUACUUCCUGUAUAUACACAUGAACGACAACAAGCUCUUUUUGCCUUAUUAACAGAUGGAGAUUACGUUGUUGGACGAAGUGCGAUGCGUAAUUUAGAAUUACUUCUUUUAAAUCUUUCCAAAUAUCUCAUCUCAUCUAAACCGAGUGGUGGUGGUGGUGGUGGUAAUGUUAACUCUGUGAAUAUGGAUUCCAAUAAUAACUCCCUCAAUACCGCUCCUGGAACUACUGGUACGAUCACAACAACAACAACAACAUCCACCACCACCACAACAACAACUAAUAUUACAACCUCAAGUAAUGUUGUUGCCGUAGUAGCUACCACAACUUCUGAUACUAAUAUAAAUGCAGCUGUAUCUACGAAUAACAAUAGUAACAGUAGUAGUGGUAAUGGUAGUAUUAGUAGAAGUUGUAGUAGCAGUAGCCGUAGUAGUAAUACUAAUAAUAAUAAUAAUAAUAAUAAUAAUAAUAAUAAUAAUAAUAAUAAUAAUAGCACUAUAAAAGGAGGAGAAGGAGGUGGUAGAGGUAGUAGUAAAAGCAAGUAUAAAGAGAAACUUGUGCGUCAUUCACCGACAAAUCCCUCUCUUGAUGAUGACUCAUCCGAACCGUAUGGAAAAGAAACGGAGGAGGAACUUCGAGAACGGGCUGUUACUGUGCUUUCAGGUACAAUAGAUCAUUUACAUAUAGUGAGUGAUUCUAAAAAUUGGCGUAUACGUGAGGCGGUGGUGGAUGUCCUUCGUCAUUUCUGUUCCGUCCUCACACGAGAACAGUUUGUGCCGUUAACAUACAUUAUCCGUUCACUACUGCGAGAUCCAGUGAGUGUGGUUCGUCUACGGGCCUCAGAGACAUUAGCGGCAGUGGCGACUUCCUACGGGCCGGAGUGGGCUGCCGUCACUGCAUUUGAUUUUCUCCAGAAUGAAUUUGUAUUGUGUGGAAAUACACCGUACACCUGGCGAGUGGUGGCGAUUCAAUCUCUCUCCGGUGUUCUUCCUGUUGUGAGUGGACUUUCACCAAUGGACCUGCGGCGACAGGAAUUAAUGCAGCGAUGGAUGCGACUCGUCCUUACAUUUGCAGAGGAUGAUGUUUCUAAUGUGCGGUUGGCACUGGCGAGAUCUAUUGCGGCCCAUUGGGAUUGGUAUAUUAGUUGUGUUCAUCAUCGUGAACAUAUUUGCCGGUGUGUGGAGCGGCUGCAGCGGGAUAGUGAUAUGGAUGUGUUUAGAGUCGCCAGUACAUUGAAUUUAACACAACUACAUGAUGGGGAACCCUUUUAG